ACCAUCCCAGAAAUCACUUCCUCAACCUUUGCCUUCUCUUUUAAGUCUCUUCUCUCUGUUAUUUACAACCACUCAAAAUCCUCCUUUUUUUUCUUCACUUGUUUCUUCUUCUUCUUCUUGUUCACCUCUUAAUUAAAACACCCAGGUAUCAGUAUAUCUUCUCUCUAUCAGAUUUUUCCUGGCAGUUAUUUAUUGGCAAUGAACAACCUUAAGCUAGGAGUAGAAGUUGUGAGUGCUCAUGACCUUGUGUCCAAAGAUGGUCAAGGCUCAUCUACUACUUAUGUGGAACUUCACUUUGAUGACCAGAGAUUUCGGACAACAACCAAAGAUAAAGAUCUGAGUCCUGUUUGGAAUGAAAGCUUUUACUUCAACAUUACUGAUCCAACCAAGUUAUCAAGCCUCACUCUUGAAGCCUAUAUCUAUCACUACAACAAAACCAAUGGUUCUAAAGUACUCCUUGGGAAGGUCAGGCUCACUGGAGCCUCAUUUGUGCCAUAUUCUGAUGCUGCUCUUUUGCACUACCCUCUUGAAAAGAAAAACGUUUUCUCGCGUUCCAAAGGAGAGAUUGGUUUGAAGGUUUUUGUCACUGAUAACCCUUCUAUAAGAGCCUCAAACCCUCUUCCUGCUGUGGAGUCCUUUGUCAAUAUAGACCAAAAUGAAAAUCUAACACAAGACCAAACACCACCAACGUCAGUGUCAUUUACAGACUCAAUCCUCAACAGUGUGACUAGAAAGAAAACUGAGGCAAGGCACAUGUUUCAUAGCAUUGCAAAACCAAACAAUGAACAAAAACAGCAGUCUAAGCCUGCAGCAGAUGCAAAGCCAGGUGUAACCUUUGGGAUGUUUGAGAUGAAAUCCUCACAGGCUCCUCCAAAAGUUGUUCAAGCAUUUGGAGGUGCACAAGAGUUCGUAGUGAAAGAAAUUAGCCCUACUCUAGGAGGGGGCAAAGUUGUUGGUGGAAGGGUUAUCCGUGGGAAUAAAGCAGCCCCAUCAAGCAGCUAUGACCUUGUUGAACCAAUGAAGUACCUUUUUGUAAGAGUUGUAAAGGCACGAGACCUUCCAUCAAUGGAUGUGACAGGUAGCCUUGACCCCUACGUGGAGGUCAAGGUUGGAAACUUCAAAGGAACUACCAACCACUUUGAGAAAAACCAAAACCCUGAAUGGAACAAGGUGUUUGCCUUUGCCAAGGAGAAUGAGCAAUCAUUUACUCUUGAAGUUGUGGUCAAAGACAAGGACACUAUAUUAGAUGAUUUUGUUGGAACUGUGGUAUUUGAUCUUCAUGAAGUUCCUGAACGUAUUCCACCUGAUAGUCCAUUGGCUCCUCAGUGGUAUAGGAUUGUUAACAAGAAUGGAGAAAAAAAAGGGGAGUUGAUGCUUGCUGUUUGGUAUGGCACACAAGCAGACGAGGCUUUCCAAGAUGCUUGGCAUUCGGAUGCAGUACUUUCCCCUGAUGGAAGCACUAUAUCUAACUAUUCUCAGAUUAGAUCAAAAGUUUAUAUGUCACCAAGAUUAUGGUAUGUGCGCGUCAAAGUGAUAGAGGCGCAGGACUUGGUUUCAUCUGACAAGUCUAAAGUUCCAGAUGCCUAUGUUAAGGUGCAAAUUGGCAACCAGAUUAUGAAGACAAAGCCAUUAAGGGUGGCGCAACCUCGCUGGGAUCAGGAGCUAUUGUUUGUUGCUGCUGAGCCUUUUGAAGAGCCUUUGGUCCUCACAGUGGAAGAACGUGUUGGUGGCAACAAGGAUGAGACCAUUGGCAAUGUUGUUAUUCCUAUCAGCACAAUCGGAAGGCGUGUGGAAGACAGGCCUAUCCGUGGAAGGUGGUAUCCCCUUGAGAAGUCCAUGUCAUCUGCAAUGGAGGAUCAAGGGAAAAAGAAAGAGAAGGACAAGGACAAGUUCUUCAGCAGAAUCCAUGUCACUCUCAUUCUUGAUGGUGGAUACCAUGUGCUAGAUGAGUCAACUUAUUACAGUAGUGAUCUUAGGCCAACCGCUAAGCAGCUAUGGAAGAAGCCAAUUGGUGUCUUGGAACUUGGCAUUUUGAAUGCUGAUUUGUUACCAACCAAAAGUAGGGAUGGAAGAGGAACAGCAGAUGCAUACUGUGUGGCAAAGUAUGGCCUCAAAUGGGUGCGCACUAGAACAAUUGUUGGCAAUCUAAACCCAAAGUUCCAUGAGCAGUACACUUGGGAAGUUUAUGACACAGCCACGGUUCUCACUUUGGGGGUGUUUGACAAUGCACAGAUUCACAAUUCUUCAAAUGGUACCAAAGAUUCCAAGAUCGGAAAGGUUCGGAUAAGGAUCUCAACACUAGAAACUGGCCGUGUUUACACUCAUUCUUAUCCAUUAUUGUCACUGCAAAACUCUGGUCUCAAGAAGAGUGGUGAGGUGCACUUGGCCGUACGUUUCUCAUGCACCUCAAUGGCUAACAUGAUGGCUAUGUACUUCAAACCCCAUUUGCCAAAGAUGCACUACACAAAGCCCCUUAGCAUUAUUGACCAGGAAAGGCUUAGAGUCCAAGCUGUGAUCAUUGUAGCAUCUAGACUCGGCAGAACAGAACCCCCUCUUAGAAAAGAAGUGGUUGAGUACAUGUCUGACACAGACUCUCAUCUAUGGAGCAUGCGGCGCAGCAAGGCGAACUUCAACCGUCUAAAGGAAGUGUUUUCCUUCCUAGCUUGUUUUGGAAGUUGGUUUGGAGAAAUUGCCAAGUGGAAGAACUCUUUUGUGACAGUGCUGGUGCACAUUGUCUACUUAAUGUUUGUGUGUUUCCCAGAACUCAUUCUACCAACCAUGUUCCUAUACAUGUUUGUGAUAGGGAUGUGGAAAUGGAGGUUCAGGCCUAGAAACCCUCCUCACAUGGAUGCUAAGCUCUCUUGUGCAGAUAUAACUAACCCUGAGGAGUUUGAUGAGGAGAUGGACUCUUUUCCAACCACAAAGAGUUCAGACAUAGUGCGUUGGAGGUAUGAUAGGUUGAGAAGUUUGGCAGGGAAAGUUCAAAGUGUUGUAGGACAGAUAGCAACUCAGGGAGAAAGGGUCCAUGCACUUCUGAAUUGGAGGGAUCCACGUGCAACUUCCAUAUUCAUGGUGUUUUGCCUUGUGAGUGCCAUAAUGUUGUAUGUGACACCCCCUCAGAUGUUGUUUAUUCUUGGUGGAUUUUACCUAAUGAGGCACCCUAAGCUUAGGGGCAAGACACCAGGAGCACCAAUCAAUUUCUUCCGCAGGUUGCCUGCUCUCACAGACAACAUGUUGUAGAAUGUAAAUAUUGUUGAGCCUUGGUUUUACUUUGAAAGCUACUUGAAUCUGAUUUGAGCCUCUUUGGCAGUGCUUGUUGUACAAGUCUUUGUUCCCUAAGUCAUAAUUGUUGACACAAAUGUACACAUGCUGUGGAAAAUUGACUAGUGUAUUAUUUUUAUUUUGUUUUUGUUUC